CUGGGAUGGAGCGACAUCGUAGUGGUGGACAAAGGGCCCAUGUUCGAGACGGGCGGCUCCACCUCUCACGCCCCCGGUCUCGUGUUUCAGGUCAACUUCUCCAAGAUGAUGUCCGUCUUUGCCAGGGAGACCGUUGAGCUAUUUGAGAGCCUCAAUCCGGCCGAGGGCGAGCCGCUGUGGUACGGAGUAGUGGACUUGAGGUAG